AUGGUCGCCUGCGAGCACUGUGGAUGCGAAGAAUUCCACGACGUCGAUGGAGCUAUAUUUUGCAACAGAUGUGAAGCCGUAUCGCAGGUGGGCUUCACACAGGAGGCAGAUCAAUUUGAAGUUAUGGGCGCAAAGAAGAUUUAUGACAAGCCGAAAUCCGGAAAGAAGCGGGAGAAGGACAAACCCGGGGAGGAAGGUGGUGAUCAGGCGUCCGGGUCGCGAAAAAAACGAGGCUCUCGCACUCGCCUUGCCAGUAGGCUCUUGGCGCGACGCCGGCCGUUAGCGACGACGUUUGAUGGGCGCCGUCUAGAGGUGGAAGAUUUCCAAAAUCGUGUUGAGCCGUUGCAAGACCUUCUCCACCUCUUGCAAGACAAUGGCGCCGUGCAGGAUAAAGACCAAGUUUGGAAGGACAGUUUCGGUCUAACAAGGCAUGCGAUCUACAUUAACAAAGGCGUUCAUGUGAUACACAUUUGGCGGUGUUAUUUGGCUCAUUUGAAUGUCGAAACUUUGGCGCCAGAAGAACCUUCGACAAUUCGAGAGGCCUUUCUGUCCCACCGAGUCGUUGUAGCCGUCCUUUACCUUGCGGCGUUGGACUGUGGAUACACGAGCAUUACUAUAAGUGACAUUGCUAGGUGGAUGCGUGACGGCCAUUUUUCGGUGCCUUCGUUUUGUCACCACCACGUUAUGACUUCCACUGUCAAACAAUAUCGGGGGUUCCUACCUGCACGACACUGUCCAUUGGAGCAUGCCUUUGGCCGUAUAUUUACAAGAAAGGAAUUAAUCGCUGAAAUGUUCAUCAGCGAUGAAGUGAAGGUCAUGGCACUUAUUUUGUUGGCACUGAAAUUGAAGUUUCGGCUUGACGACAAGACAGAAUUCACUCAAACAGAGUUUGACUUCCCGCGUUGGCUACUGCAGCUGAAGAUGAGGGUGGCGCUUUGGAAGGGCUAUGCGCCAAGCAACGUGGUUAGGAAAGGGGUCACCUUCACGGAUUCCUGUUCUGAUCCGUAUCGGAAACUAAGCUAUUUUCAUAGCGUACCUAAGACUGAAGAUGAAGAUGAGGAUGAUGAUGCUGAAACGAAAUAUGUAGUCGCUGAUAAAGAACUCCGGAACCAUCAAAACCCCUAUGUUAGGGGCAAACUGCACUUCGAACACCUUGUCCCCCGACACUGGCCACUUUUUCGGACAGACAUUCCAACACUGGAAGACAAUGAUCAUCCUCCAAGGACUUAUGAUAAAGUGUCGAGUUCGACUCCGCUUGUCAACACAAUCCGUGAUUUAAACCGGGAAGCUCUCCAUUCUGAUCCUGCAGCUGAUCCAGAUCUGGUGGACACUUUGUUUGCAGGUUUCCAGAUGUACCAGCAACCAGAGGUCGCGCCGUAUUCAUUUCUGAGGGUCACAGAUGAUGGCGUCGGAGAAUUUUUUCUGAGCACCCCGAACGUGGCGCAGCUAUACGACACGGCAAACCACGACUUCUCUCGCUCGUUCGCGGAGCUACUUUCUAUUUUUGCGUUGCGAAUCGGCGAACAACCUAUGGUGCUCUACGCGACACUGGUUCUCAUGGAAGUUCGUCUUUUCGAUUCGAAAAGCCUAAUCGAAUGGAGGAGUACUAUUGAAACUGAUGGUUCCGAAUUGCAGCUCAAAUACCAUUUCAACAAAGGUGCCCCGGUUGACGUCUGGUUAACGCGUGACCGGAGCGCAGGGCGUGAUUAUGGAAUGAGGGUGACCGGCCGUGUGAUAUGGCCUUGUACGAAAAAUCGACGACGAAGAAAACAUGAUUCUGAUGAUGAAUCGAUCGAUGAAGUGAUGGUAGAAGCGGACGAGAUAGAGAAGAUAGAGAAGAUAGAGAAAAUCGAGAAAAUCGAGGAGGAGGAGGUGGAUGGUGAAGAUUCGAUUGAUGAUGAAGCUGCACCACAAGCUAGGCCUCGCAACCGUGCACGGACGAUCUUGCGCAAAACUGGAUUAUCCCGUUUUCCGAAUGGGAGUUUUUCGUUCAAGGCGGUCUGGCGGAUGCUGGCUCUCAAAUACCUGGAC